UUUACCGAAAAUACGUUUCACGCGGGAUCACUGUUUGAAGCGUGUGGUAAUAGUAUGAAUACCAAAUUUUCACACUGUUUAGAUCAGAAGUUUACCCGUGUCAUAGCGUCGAUUUUUUUUCUAAAACUUAACUCAAUUUUUUUUUUUUUAAUUUUUAAAAACAUAAAAAAAAACUAAUUUUCAAAACCUUAUUGUGACAAAACUAAUUAAGAUAUCGGAAAAAAAACGACGCUAUGACACAGAUAAACUUCUGAUCUAUACAGUGUGAAAAUUUGGUGUUCAUACUAUUACCACACGUCUCAAACACUGAUCCCGCGUGAAAUGUGUUUUCUUUGAACAUUUUAUAAAACCGUAGUUUUCGUCGUCUACAGCAGUGCUGCGACAACCCGUGGCAUUUCGGUGAACAAGAUUUUCCCCCCACCAUACAUAUAUGAUCAUAUCGUUAUCGGCCCGGUUCCCGACGCGCGACGUCUGGGCUUCCGUCGUCGAUUCCAAGAAUAACCCGAAAUCCGAAUAGAAUAUUAAUAUAGACAAAUUCUAAUAUUCUAUAAACGAUUAUAGUAGGUAUUUGAUCAGAUAAUCAACUAAACUGUUGUCCAGUCUGCCAUUAACUUAUCGUAUAAUUUUGAGGUUUGUGAUUUGUAUAUUUUGUAAAGUGUUUUUCAAUAACGUAAAACAUUCUGUUACACAAUCACAAUAUUUACGAUGUCCCCCAAAAAAAAUAGAGCUUUUAAAAGAUGUACGGGAAAAGUAGCAUUAUCUACGCGUAUGAAAAAAGUUCGUGGAGGCAAUCACCAAAACCUACUGCAGUAAGUAUAUAAAUAUUAUAAUAUAAUAAAGUAUACCUACCAAUAAUAAAAUAAAUAUCAAUAGUAUUUAAAACAGGAACUCGUUCUGAUGUAUAGUAGCCAGUAGGUGUUGAGUAUAGGAUAAAUAAUUUGUAUAUGUAGAAAUAAUUACGCAACUAUUUUUCAUUUAUUUAGAAAAGAAUCGACAGAUGCUGCAAAUAUUGUAAAAAAUUUUAAUACGGGAAUAGAAGAUUUGUCUUCUAAUGGCAUACUAGUUUCUAGUGAAUCAGUCAAUGUAAUUACUAGUACUCCAAAUGAUACGAUUCGGCCAUUUUCAUCAAGUACAGAUAACGAGUCCAGCUCAUCAUUUGGCACAUCUUUAUCUAUGAAUUCAAUUAUUGAUCAUGAACUAUGUGUAGAAUCAGAUGAAUCAAUCAAUACAAUCGUUUCAGAGUAUAUUAUACUAUAAUUAUAUACAUUUUUAAUAAUUUUGUAAAAAUAAAUUAAUAAAUUAAAUCAAUUGUUUUUAGAAAACUAGAAGGAAGAAGAAUUGUCGAUAUUUUGUAUUUUAUAAGUCAAAUACAAAAGAAACAUAAUAUUGGAUUCGAUUGCUCAUUUACAGAUAUGGAGUAUCAGUCUGAAAUUAUAAAAGGCUUUCAAUCUGUAUUUUAUUUUAAAUGUAAAGUUUGUAAUAUUGUGGAGAAAAUUUACACUGAAAAUAUGAAUAAAACCAACACAGUAACAACUAACAAUGCUGCUGUCAACGCGUGUCAAGCUAUAGGCAUUGGGCAUACACAACUAUCAGAAUUUGUUUCAUUUCUUGAAAUACCCUCAUUGUCAUGUAGUAGUUUUAUAAAAAUACAGUGCUCUUUAGCUAAAACUAUUUCGGAUAGUGCAUGGGAAGAGAUGAGAAUAGCCGGUGAGGAAGAAAAAGAACUCGCUAUAAAAUAUGGUUAUGUCGACACUGAUGGUAUUCCGAUGUGUACAGUAGUGGCUGAUGGACAAUGGUCCAAACGAAGCUACAAAACUAACUAUAAUGCAUCAUCUGGAGUAGCAACAAUAAUCGGAUAUCAAACAAAAAAGGUUUUAUUUAUUGGAAUUAGAAACAAAUAUUGUGUUAUAUGUCAAAAAUCGAUUAUUAAAAAAGAAAUUGCGCCAGAACAUCUUUGCUUUUUAAAUUGGAGAAAAUCAUCUACAAGUAUGGAAGCAGAUGGAGUUGUAGAAGGAUUUUCAAAAAGUAUAGAAUUACACGGACUAAAAUUUAAUAAACUUAUUGGAGAUGGGGACAGCAGCGUUAUGAAACGACUUCAGGAAAUACAACCAUAUGGACCAAACUUUUUUAUCGAAAAAAUCGAAUGUAAAAAUCACUUGCUUAGGAAUUAUGCUACUAAACUUAACGCAUUGUCUAAAGUUUCAAAAUAUCCGCUUCGUGUUCGUAAAUUUAUCAUUACAAAUAUAAUUCGAUUUCGUUCUGACAUUACAAAAUCUGUAAAACAUUGGAUAGAAGAUGAUAAACUAACGAAGCUACAAAAAAUUAAAGAAAUUCAAAAGGAUUUAGCCAAUGCUCCCUUUCACCGGUUGGGUCAACAUACAAAUUGCGCCAGUUAUUUUUGUGAACCUGGUACAAAAAACAAUGAACUAAAUCUAGUUCCAGAAGCCACAGGUAGUGGUAUGAUGGCAGAGAUUCAAAAUUGUGUAUCGCGUUUAAUUAGUAAAGCUUCUAGUUUACUAGAAAACAAAACAAAUAACAUAUGCGAACAGUUUAACUCUGUAAUAAAUAAACAUGUCGGUGGCAAACGAAUCAACUUUUCUAGCCGAGGAAACUAUACCACGAGAAUAGAAGCAGCGGUUGUGGCAUUCAAUACAAAAGAAUUCUUACGAAAAAUCCACAAAAAAAUGACUAACAAUCACAGUCCAGGAAAAUUUGGGAAAAAAUAUUUGAAGAAUCACAGACGAAAGCUUUCUAACACCACGAAAAGACGACAACUAUUUCCAGAACGCAGAAGUCAUAUGCAUUAUUCAAAUAAUGGGCCUGAUGAAGAUUAUGGGUUGGCGGAACCUUUGGUCGAUGAUUUGUCACCGGAAAUUGUUUUAGAAAAACAAAAAACAUUUCUAAUGUCACUAGAAACUGCAAAUAAAAUUGACAUCGAGUUUAAUACGCGAGAACAAAGCAAUAGUCAAACGUGGUAUAAAGAGCGUAGGAUCAGAUUAACUGCUUCUCGUUUUGGUCAAAUAUGCAAAAUGAGGUGUAAUACCAGUUGUAAAAAUACAGUUUAUAAUGUAUUAUAUGCAUGUGAGGCGCAGGCGAAGUCUUUACAAUACGGACGAGACAUGGAGGCUAUAGCUCGUACAGAAAUGGAAAAAUACAUUAAUAAAAAAAUUCAAACAUGUGGUUUACUGAUAGAUCCAAUAAUCCCCUAUUUAGCGGCGAGUCCAGAUGGUUUGAUAGAAGACAAUGCCAUUGUGGAGAUUAAAUGCCCUUUUUCUGCCAAGAAUACUUUGAAUGCAAUUGAUGCCGUUAAAAAUAAACUUGUACGUAUAUUAAUACAAAAUAUAUAAUAUAAUUUAUUUAUUAUUGUUAAUUUUAUUUAUUGUAUUUUGUUUUAAAUGUACAGCUACAAUAUUGUUACAUAAUGGAUGGAUCAAUCAAAUUAAAAGUAGACCAUGUAUAUUACUACCAAAUAAUGGGGCAAUUGCAUAUAUCUCGAAGACAGAAGUGCUAUUUUGUGAUAUAUACUUCGAAUUGGAUGCACGUUGAAACAAUUGAAUAUGACAUCUCAUUUUGGGAAAAUAAAAUGGUCAACAAAUUGAAAAAGUUUGUUACAUUAUCAUAAUCUAUAAUUUAUUAUUUGUUGUGCCUAAUGAUUUUUUUUGUAUUUUAGGUUUUAUUUAGAAUGUUUACUGCCGGAGAUUGUCAAUCCGUUAUACCCUAAGCGUAUGCUCAAGGCAGAUAUUAGAGAAUCUGAUAAAAUAAAAAAUAUUAUCUGUCAACCAAAAGAAAAAAAAAAGAAAAAAAUGUAAUGUUUUUUAGUACUAAUAAAUUACUAGUUACUAAUUACUUUCUUUAUUACUCAUCUAUUAUUUGUUAUGUUGUACAUUUGUUUGAAAAUUACAAAAUACAUUAUAGGAUGCGCGCGUGAAUCGUAUAUUUGUAGAAACUAGAAAGGUAGGAUCAUAUAAAUACAAAAUAGGUAAGAUAGCUUUGAUAAGUGCAAGAUGCAACUGUAUCAUGUUUGAAAAAUCCACAAAAGCUGGCAUUUAAAAAAUAUAUGCGGUUGCAGAUACACCAUACACACAAAAUAUAACUUAUAAGUUAAAAUAUUGAAUACAUUUACUUACUAGAAUACUAAUAUUUAGGUAACAUUAGUUUAGACUUUAGGUUAUUCUUAUAAAUUAGAUAUUAUUAACUGUACAGUGUACCUGUGUACCUAUUAUAUAAAAUAUUUUCGAUGAAGUUAGUAAUAAUGCAUUAAUGCUAAUGCAAUAAAAACAAAUAAGUUGGUACGUGCAGUUCCACGCCGCACGGAUAUACAUGUAUUAUUUAUAUAUUAUAUAUAAUAUUAAUAUAUUACGUACAUAUUAUGUUUAUAUUUAUGCCACCCGUCAUACACGAAGGUUCGUAAAAGAAUAAACAUCGCUCCCGACUGAGCACAAUCGAAAGCCGUCGAGCGACGAGCACUGGGCGAGCAGUGGGCGUGGCUUAAACGUCGCGUGCCUGCGCCGCUCUAAAACACCUAACAGCGCAUUCUCUUGGUCAUCGCAUACGUUUUACUUUCGGUGUGGCGUCC